GCCAAACCCAAAACCAAAACCAAAACCAAAACCAAACCCCUCCUCUCUUCUUUUCUCGCUUCUCUCUCUCUCUUUGCUGGCCACAGCCAUCACCGCCGGAAUCCGCCACAAUCGGUCACGAUAAAGGCUUCUUCUCCACCGCCUUUUCGUGACCGUAAAACCCAAGUGUUUGCUUUCUGAAGCCUCGGCUAUUGCAAUAACUAAGUGGGAGAUUGUUAGAGUUCUUAAUAACGGGAUACUGAACUGAAGUGAAGCUAUUUCUGGAUAUUGAUAUUGGCAUCCUUGACAAAAUCAUGGCUGUCUGCAAAAACCUUCGGCUGAUUGCAUAUUCGCAAGAGAUUGUAGAUGGACAGCCAAUCUAUGUUUCCUCUAAUUGCCUUCCUAGCAAGGCUUUAAGAUAUGAACCAGCUGGGCAUGCUUUUCAUGCUGCUGCUCUUAAAUUACGUGGUUAUGAGGAGGAAGAUGCAGAUGUUGAUGAUAAAAAGGUGGUUGACGAUAAGGAACAGAUGUAUUUGCCAUCAUCUGAUUCAUAUAGCAGCAAAGGUAAAAAGAAGUCUGGUGAUGGAGCAAAGCAACAAGAUCACUAUGCAUUAUUGGGUCUAAGCCAUGUAAGAUAUCUUGCCACGGAGGACCAGAUAAAAAAAAGCUACCGUGAGGCUGCUUUGAGGUUUCAUCCUGACAAACAGGCGGCCCUCCUCCUUGCUGAGGAAACAGAAGCUGCAAAACAGGCAAAGAAGGAUGAAAUAGAGAAUCACUUUAAGUCCAUCCAGGAAGCAUAUGAAGUUUUAAUUGACCCUGUCAAGAGAAGAAUUUAUGACUCCACAGAUGAGUUUGAUGAUGACAUCCCCACUGACUGUGCCCCACAGGACUUCUUCAAGGUGUUUGGUCCAGCUUUCUUGAGGAAUGGUCGGUGGUCAGUUAGCCAGCCAAUCCCAACUUUAGGUGACGACAAUACUCCUUUAAAAGAAGUUGAUAAUUUCUAUAACUUCUGGUACACCUUCAAAAGUUGGAGAGAAUUCCCACAUGCUGAUGAGUUUGAUCUUGAGCAAGCUGAGUCUCGUGACCAUAAGCGGUGGAUGGAAAGGCAGAAUGGAAAACUUGCAGAGAAGGCUAGGAAGGAAGAAUAUGUACGGAUACGUUCUCUUGUUGACAAUGCCUAUAAAAGAGACCCAAGAAUACUGAAGAGAAAGGAAGUGGAGAAAGCUGAGAAGCAGAGGAAAAAGGAGGCUAAGUAUCUGGCAAAGAAGUUGCAGGAGGAAGAAGCUGCCAGGAUUGCUGAAGAGGAGAGACGUCGGAAAGAGGAGGAAGAAAAACGGGCUGCAGAAGCAGCUUCACUGCAAAAGAAGGCUAAGGAGAAGGAGAAGAAACUCUUGCGCAAAGAGAGGACUCGUCUUAGAACAAGUUCAGGGUCUGUUGUAUCACAGCAUUUGCUUGAUCUUUCUGGGGAUGAUGUUGAAAGUCUGUGUAUGUCACUUGAUAUUGAGCAGCUGAGGAGCUUAUGCAACAGGAUGGAGCACACAGAGGGACUAGAGCAAGCAAAAGUUCUCAGAGAUGCACUAGGAUAUAAUAGUGAUUCUAAGGGUAAGAAAGUAGAUGAGCAUACUCCACAGCAGAAUGGUUCUGUAGAGGCUAAUGGUAAGGUUCCAUUAAGUAGCUUUGAGAAGAAAGAGAAACCUUGGAGCAAAGAAGAAAUUGAGCUCUUGAGAAAAGGUAUGCAGAAGUAUCCCAAAGGAACAUCUCGGAGGUGGGAGGUUGUAUCAGAAUACAUUGGUACAGGUAGAUCUGUGGAAGAAAUUCUGAAGGCAACCAAAACGGUUCUCCUUCAGAAGCCCGAUACUGCUAAAGCAUUUGAUUCAUUUCUUGAGAAGAGGAAACCUGCUCCGUCCAUUGCAUCUCCACUUACAACUAGAGAGGAAAUAGAAGGUGUAUCAACAACUCAGGGUUCUCAAAGCAGCAGUGCUUCAAAGAUGGAUAAUCCAGAAGAUUCUCCAACCAGAAGCACAAACGACCAGAAUCCUUCUGAUUCUAGUGCUGCAAAUGGGGUUUCAAGUCCGGAGCACGAUGUGUGGUCUGCUGUACAAGAAAAGGCAUUGGUUCAGGCUUUAAAAACCUUCCCAAAGGAAACCAAUCAGCGUUGGGAGCGAGUUGCAGCAGCAGUUCCUGGGAAGACUGUGAACCAAUGCAAGAAGAAAUUUACAUCGCUGAAGGAGAGCUUUAGAAACAAGAAAACUGCGGUUUAGAUCAUUGUGUUUCUCUUUGAUGGCGCAGAAAAAAUUGACAAAUGUGCAUGAGGAGACUAUUUUUGGGUACUUAUCUUAUUUAGUUCUUUCAGUGUAGGAAUCACGCAGUAGUGAAGCUACAUUCUGCUUAAGAUGAGAUAAUUUCUUCUGGUUCCUGCUUUGCAGAUUUUGUCGCAAUGUCACAUAGGCUUUACAGAAAAUUAUUUUUGGAGAGGGAAAGCCCUUAGGUCUUUCACAGAGUUCCAAAUCCAAUUCAUCUACUACUACUCGAGGUGCUUUAUGUUGAUGGAGAUCUAUUUUGUACCGGUGCUUUCAGACCUUAAUUUAUAUUACCAUAUGAUACUAUUUGCAAUUCAUGGCUUUGUAUGGGGAGAGCUAAUUUUAUAUGAAGUAGAGAUAAAUGAUAUUAAUUUACUUGGAAA